CCUUCCCCUCCCUUCGCUUCUUCCUUUCCACUAUUAUAUCCCGUCCCCGUCUCGACGCCACCGCCUCUCUAUCCUCUUCCUUCCCUCCGACACCUCGUUUCCCCCACCUCCCUGUCGGCAUCGGGCGACGACGCAGACGUCGCCUCCUCCUCCAGAUCUACGCCCCCCUCCCGUCCUCUCCCCGCCUUCGAGAAGCUUCGCCCCGCGCGGCCCGGUUCUUCGAGGAGGCUGCUGCAGCGCAUGAGGGCCACCGAAGAGCACACCGCCACCGCACCCACCCACGCCGCGCCGCCGCCCCAGACGGAGGAGGACGCCGAGAAGGAGCGGAGGCGCAGGCGACGACCCGCUCGGCGCGCCAAGCAGCAGGCCGCUCCCCCCGUCGCCGCUCCGCAGGCCGCGCCGCAGGUGGACAUGGCGGGGCCGAGGCCGAGCAGAUCGAUGCCGCCGCCCAUGCGCGUGGGCAACCGGUUCGACGCGCUAGCGGUGGCGGAGCCGGAGCCGGCGGCCGGGACGAGCCGGUCCUGCCCGCUGCUGCCCGCGCCGUUCCCCGGGGCGGUGGCUCAGGCGCGUGCGGCUCCGGUGGUGGGAAUGGGCGUCGGAGGAGCUCCCAGGAGGCUCUACUUCCCGCCCUACUGGCCUGACCAGGUCGUGGAAGAGGCCAUCCAGAGAGGGCAUGUCUUCACAGGGAAGUUCCGUGUGAAUGCUCACAACCGAAACGAGGCGUACUGCACGAUCGAUGGCAUCCCGGUGGAUGUUCUCAUGACAGGGCCAGCACAAAACCGAGCGAUUGAAGGUGAUACUGUUGCCAUCACACUGGAUCCUGUUGUUCAAUGGACUAGAAUGAAAGGACCAAACAGCACAUGCAACCCUGCCACAGGAGGAGUUUCUGUUGUUCGGGAAGUUAGUGAAACAAAUGGGAAUCAUAGUUCGAAGAGAGGACAAGCAGAUACCAGCUGCAGGUUUGAGAAUUGCAGUAAUGGCUUAUCUGUUUCGGACAGGAUGCAUAACCAUCACAAGAACAGUGGUUUUAGUCAAGCUGUUAAGUGUGAAAAUGGGCAUGCUAUUGUCCCAGAGAGCUAUGAGGACUUGAAUGAAGGAAAGACCGAGGCUGCAAUAGCAUUACAAAGGAUCUGUUCUGUGAUAUACAGUCACCCAAGCAGACGCCCUACUGGGAAAGUAGUAUCAGUCAUAAAGAUGUCUUCUCGCCGUGGUGCCGUUGUAGGUUUCCUUGCUCCUCUCUCGGAGUUCCCUGAUGGAGAGCCGCACAGAAAUCAGAUGAAUGUGCAAGGUUCAAAGAGGAUGAACCAUAUAGCAUCCUCAUUUGUUACAGGCUUGGUUCAUCUCUUGCCUACUGAUCCCAAAUUCCCUUUGAUGAUUGUUAGUGUUAGCACUUUGCCAGAUAGUAUCAGACAGAGCCUGAAAGAAGGUAAUAUAGCUAUUGAGAAGGAAAUAGUUGCUGCAUGUAUUGAUGAAUGGAAUGAGGAAAGUCCCUUUCCCUGGGCUCGUGUUGUAAAGUUCUUGGGAAAGGGUGGACAGGUUGAAUCACACAUGGAUGCUAUAUUGUUUGAGAAUUCAAUAUCUGAUGCUGAAUUUUCCCCUGAGUCCAUGGCAUGUCUCCCAGAUGUUUGCUGGAAGAUUCCGCAGGAAGAACUAGAAGCGAGAAAGGACCUGAGAAAUGUCUUGACCUUUACAAUAGAUCCUCCUACUGCAUCCGACCUUGAUGAUGCAAUAUCUAUUGAGAUACUUCCUGAAGGAAUUGUCCGUGUUGGGGUCCAUAUUGCAGAUGUUUCUUACUUUGUUCAUCCAGAGACUGCAUUGGAUGCUGAAGCUCAGAUUCGAUCUACUAGUGUUUAUACCUUGCGACGUAAAGUAUCAAUGUUGCCUUCAAGACUUUCAGCAGAACUGGUUUCGCUUAAUCCUGGGGCAGACAAGCUUGCCUUUUCAGUGAUUUGGGACAUUGAUCCUCAUGGGAGCAUAGUUAAUCGCUGGAUUGGUCGUACCAUUAUCUUUUCAUGCUGCAAGCUGUCAUAUGAUCUCGUGCAAGAUUUGAUUUCUAGUGAUGUCAGUCAGUUUGGAUCCGUAGCUGCGUCUCUUCAAGUGCAUGGCAUGUUUGAACAGGGAGACAUUAUCAAGUCUCUUAGAUGCCUAUAUGAGAUCACGAAAAAUCUGAAGGAGAUUAGGUUCAAGGGUGGAGCUCUUUCUCUUGACACUGCAAAGCCUAUGAUCUUAUUUGAUGAAGAUGGGGCUCCAUGCGAUAGCUAUCGCUAUAAAAGGAAUGAUGCAUGUUUCAUUGUUGAGGAGUUAAUGUUGUUAGCAAAUAUGUCAGCUGCAGAAGUUAUAUCCAAUGCAUUCCCUGAUUGUGCUUUACUUCGUAGGCACCCGGAACCUAACCCACGGAAGCUCAAAGAGUUUGAGGCAUUUUGUGCUAGAAAUGGUUUUGAAUUGGAUUCUUCAUCGUCUGGUCAACUUCAUCUUUCAAUUUCUAGAAUGAAGGAAAAGUUACAGAAUGAUCCUGUCAUGUUUGAUAUUCUCAUGUUUUAUGCUUCAAAGCAAAUGCAGUCAGCAGAAUAUUUUUGCACAGGGGACCUGAUAAGCAAGAACGAUGAUUGGGCUCAUUAUGCGCUGUCUGUCCCUUUAUAUACACACUUCACUUCACCACUUCGAAGAUAUCCUGAUAUAAUUGUUCACAGGACACUGAAUGCAGUAAUUGAGGCUGAACAGAUGUAUCUGAAGCAAAAGAAAGUUUCCACUGUACGGAAUGGAGUCAAAGCUAAAUCUUGUGAAAUGAUGGAUAGAUGCUUUACAGGCCUCCAGUUUAGUAAGGAUGCCGCUGAAUCCAAAGAAGGAAGAGAAGCACUCUCUGCUGCAGCUAAGAAGUUUAAGUUCCCUUCCUCUGAUGAUCUUGGGGAGGCUGCUGAACAUUGUAAUGAAAGAAAAUGGGCUAGUCGGCGUGCAGAAGAAGCUGGACAGAAGCUCUACAUGUGGGCUUUACUAAAGAGAAAUGAGAUCAAGGUCUCCAAUGCUAGAGUUCUGGGUCUUGGACCAAGGUUCAUGUCAGUUUAUGUUCCCAAGCUUUCGAUGGAACGAAGGAUAUACUAUGAUGAAGUGGAGGGCCUAUCUAUUGAAUGGCUGGAAGCCACUGGAACAUUAGUGGUUGAUGCAUGCAGGAACAAGCCUGCCCAAAGGAGAGGAAGCCAGUUCAAGUGUAGUAGAGCAAUUGAGGAAGUCGCUGUGGUGGUGAACCCAUCCGAGUUAAUGUUAUCUGAAGACAAAGAUGAAUCAGGAGCAACAGGGACUGGCGACCCCACUGCCGAUUCAGUUUUGCUGAGCGAUGACGCAGUGGAGGCUCAAGUUGCCCCAGCCGUUCUGCCCCUGGUGAUACGUUACUUGAGCGACAUUCCCGUGGUUCUGCAUGCAAUUGGUGGUGAGGAUUGUCAGGUGGACAUUGGAGUAAGACUAUACAUAUCAUCAUACUUCAAGUGAUGAGAAACAACCCAUCAUGCAGAAAACAGACGGUGUAUUUAACUUUUCUCAGUUAAACAAUCAUAAUAAUAAAAAAUGACAGAAGAGUAGCAUCAAAGAGUUCUUCAGGGUUCAGCAGUCAAAUGUCAACAUAGUUCUGUAGAUAGUAGUAUCUCAUUGCUGUUCUCAGUUCCUAUUCACCUCCCUGUGACACCCAAAAGAUCCCGCAGUCAAGUGGCUCUCCUUUUUGUUCCCAGGCCACCUGAUCACAGGUAGAAGUUCAGUAUUGGACGCCGUAGAAUUGUUCUCUGUGAGUGAUGUAUUUUCUAGUUCAUCCUUUCAUACUUUUGUUUUUAGCUUGUGAAACCACCUGCAUUUUUUUCACUGGUGGUUCAUGCAUGUUGUUUUGUUACCUGGGAAAAAUGAAUAGCACUGCUGAGCUCUUAAAAGUCUCAACAACUCUCUGUUUUGUAUCUUUUGAAAUCUCGACUUUUAAGUCGUGAGGACAAAUAAAUGUACUGGCACUAUUUUGUUCAGCUUAUUCAAACAUACUUGCUUCUCUUUA